AUGAUUGUGGAGUUCAUAGAUCAGGUUGUUCUUGACAAUGGAUCUUUUACCAACUCUUCUUUCAGUGACUUGUACUUUUUGACCAUCUCUGGAGUCGAGUAUAUCAAACCAGGUGGAUUCAGAGCUGUGGCCGGGAUCAGACAACUUAUCUUCAGUGGCAUGUUGGUUGCCGUCCUGGAAAAGAGUGUGUUUAUGUACUUGAAUCGACUGGAGGGAAUAAAUGCAGAUAACAAUAACAUUAACGUUCUCAAGGAUGGAUGUUUUGGAGGCCUCGACACUGAGCUCCAUAACCUAAGCUUGGCAAAUAAUUCUAUCUGGGGUGUUUCGCGGGAUAACUUCAUAGGCUUGUCAAUGUUACAAAAGCUGGUUCUGUCAAAGAACAACAUCGCUCAACUCGGGCCACAAACCUUUGAACUGAUGCCGGAGCUUUUAAUUCUUAAUCUUGCUUCAAAUGCAAUCGUACGAAUCGAGCAAGGCGCUUUUCUUAAUCUGAACAACCUAGAAAUGCUGUACCUUGACGGAAACCAAAUUCAAGUACUACCCGAGCCUCAGAUCGGCAUAGCCAUAGGGUUUCGUGAAGUGACAGUGAUCCUGCACAGCAAUCCUCUACAAUGCGAUUGUCGUAUGGACUGGAUAAGCACUUGGCAGGAUAUCGUGGGUAAACAUUGCUCGGGUACAUGUCAAUUACCCGAGAAGUUCAAAGGACACACCUUGGUAACCGCGUACAGAGACCCAUUGCCACAAUGCAGAGAUAAUAACUCCGAGAUCCAUGUUGCAACAGGAAGCAUGGCUACUCUUACCUGUCCAAUUGCAUAUGCCUCCUGGGUUGUUCCGGGUAAUGUAACUCUCCAGAAGACCGGUCAGAGCGACGAUCAUUAUUUCCUCACCAACCGUGACUCUCUAGUGGUAUGGAACACCCAACUGCAGCAAGAGGGUGUCUACGAGUGUAUGACGGAGGAUGGAGACCAAUUAAUGGUCUACAAUCUCAGCGUCCAUAUGUCCGCAGCACGUAUUACAAUAAUAACCGUCUUCGUAAUCCUUGUCAUCCUCACUUUUGUUUCUGCUGUGUUUGCUGUUCGUUAUUGUUGUCGUCGAUGUCACCGCAGUCAGAAUCUAGAAUAUGAGAAUUUAGAAGACCAGCAACCGAGAGGGGAAGAACCACAACACAUUGGAAAUAUACAAGAAGGAAGUGUUGCCAAUCCAAGAAGGGAUCAUCUCCAGGACGAUUUAUACUAUAAACCAAACGGCGAUCACAUCAAACCUGACGAGCAGACUAAUUACAAAAUUAAAAAAGGAUGGUUCAAAACGUUUGGACGCAAGAAUAUUUGGGAAAGUAGGCCCAAAAAAAUGAAAAGGUUAUAUUCCAACGGCAUUUGA